AUGAUCACAGCAUCAGUGGGCGUUGACUCGAGUUUGCUGCUCGAGCCAUCGCGUGAGCUUUUAUUUCUACUUCCACAUUCCACGUCGUUGCAGCGACCACAAUCCAGUCUCAAGCUUACGAAUCUGUCACCAGUGCACAACGUCGUCUUUCGUGUAAGGACUCGUGAUCCGGAUGCGUUUACUGUGCGUCCAACUCACGGGCUUUUGACUCCUGGUGCUAGCUGUCAAGUAAUUAUGACAGCUACAUCGCUAACAUGUGAACGUCUUAGUACCAUGAACUUGUGUGACGUGUUAAAUGGUGAGUCAUCCGAGCUCUUCCUUGUCCAGAGUCUGGAAUUAGGGGACAAAGUGCGGCAUUUGGAACAUCUAGCAACCACCACCACAUCGCUACGUGCUCUUUGGAAGCAAGUGCCAAAAGAUUGUAUUACCGAGAGUAAGAUGGUCUACCACUUUGUGAAUUCUGGGUCAAACAUCGUGCAAGACAAAAGUAUGUUUACACGCAGUUUGUUUAGCGCCAAGACUAGUUCGCAAGACCAUUUUCUCAGUCAGCGUAAUAGCUUAAAAACUAGUGCGAAAUCAAAUCACAACGAAGCCUGCAGUCUUAAUCAAUCUUAUAGCAAUUUUACGAAGCCCUCCAAGGAUGAGCGAUGUGCGCGUCGCCCCCGUCAACAAUCGAUUGAUAGUGACGCCAGCUUUCAUACAACGAUUGAAUUUCCGAUGUCCAUGAGUACAAGAACUUCAGCAUCAAAGAACACUGUGACAUCGAUUGACUCUUUUACGAAAGUCCGGAGAUCAGAGGCGGAGGUGUCGUCUUUGUUUUCAAAGAACUCGAAAACGAGACUAUGUACUGAAGACAAUGAGUCUGUUAGCGACACAAUGCUAACUGCGCUAUCUACUGAAAGAGCACCGUGCGACACUACUCAGCAGCUCAGCCCACUCCAUUAUUAUAUUCAGCCAAGCGAUGUGCUUUCGUUUGACGUGAAACCUGCACCGCGUUAUUGGGGUAAUACUUCUUUUUUUGUUGUCAAUGCAAGUCAAGAUAACUACCUUAUUUUCAAGGUACGCACAUCAAAUCAGUCAGGUUACGUUGUCAAACCAAGUCGAGGUGUUGUGUCAACUACAAGCGCACAAGAAGUGAUUGUGUCGGUUUGUGCACCUCGUGGUGACGCGAUUUUUGAUCCAGCCGAGCGCGAAGCCAAGGAUGGGUUUAUGAUCGAAGUCGCCAACAUUUCGCGAGAAAAGUAUAAUGAAUUAACGAAAACGAAAGAACAGAAACCCGAUAAAUUAAGCUCAUUGUGGUCACUUCUGCCACGAGAUAAUCGGCACUCGAAAAAGCUUUCAGUCAAGUUUAAGGUAACAAAUAACUACGGCAGCAGUAGCGCGAACAAUUUAUCAAAGGAUGCACAGUUUUUCAUUUCGAGGGAGAGCAGAGUUAGCGACACAAAAAAGGACAAACGGCAGAGCUUACAUUCGGCAGUUGAUUGUAUGGCCAAGUUGUCUAUCUCUUCGUCAACGGACGAGUCACAUGACAGUGACGACAAGACUACAGAGAAGGACAAGUCUCAGGAUUCGAACCGGUCGUUAUCUACAUGCGUAAACACUGUUGAUGCGGAAGUUGAUGACAACGGAUCGAAUACGGCCGAAAUCUCUGCUAGAAGAGGCUCUGCUGUGGUAGUAAUUUCAGCAGAUAGGAUGGACACUGUUGACUUUUCCAACCCACAGCUGUCGUUCUUUAUGUAA